UCACUUUUUGCCGGGAAAAUCACAUUCACUCCCAACAGUCCAAAAUGGUCUCCAACGGAUUCGUCGCCCUCUUCGUCGCCGUCGCCAUCCAGGCCGCCGCCGCUCACUACUACGACGGCUGUGGCUGCGACCCCGUCCCCAGCUGCGAACCCGCCUACACCGUGGGCUGCUGCCCCGGCCCCGUCGUCGAGAAGAACACCGUCGUCAACAAGGCCGUCAACGUCCCCUACACCUACCAGGUCCCCACCUACUCCAAGAAGUGCUACCAGCAGCCCGCCGGUGUCGACAAGAAAGUCAUCCCUUCCACCUACGAGACUUGCCCCGUCUGCGAGACCUCCCAAACUAUCGUCAAGGUCCCCACUACUGACAUCGAGGUCCAGCAGACCCCUCUGUGCAAGAAGACCUGCACCACCAGCGAGUACAUCAUCCAGAUCCCCAUCGUCGAGACCACCUGCACCAGCACUCCUCUGUGCAAGAAGACCGUCAAGACCCAGGACAACCUUUUGACCACUUGCGCCAGAAAGACUUCCUGCGCCAAGCAGGUUUGCACCCAGAACAAGGUCAUCGAGACCCCCUUGACCAGCACUGUCUGCCAGGACUACCAGGGAUCUAUCUGCAAGACUGGUUGCAAGACCGUUAUCCAGCCUGAGAUCAAGAAGUCCUGCGUUCAGCUUCCUCCCUACAAGUGCCUGAAGCCCACUGGCUACUCUGCCCCCGCCUACGGUGCCUACGCUGACGCCGCCUACCCCGCUGCUUCUUACUACCCCGGCGCUUCUUACCCCGCCGAUUCUUACUACCCCGGUGCCUCUUACGCCGCCGACUCUUACUACCCCGGCGCUUCCUACUACUCCGGUGCCUACGACGGUGCCUACGCCGACGCUGUCUACCCCGCUGCUGCUCCCUGCGGUUGCGGCUGCUAAGUAACAAUCAUUUCACAAGACUGAACCAAAUUUUGGGAAUUAUUUUUGAAAAAUAUAAAUUAAUUGUUGAUGUAAA